AUGGACACAGAUAACCAGACAUGGGUGAGAGAGUUUAUCCUCCUGGGCCUGUCCCGUGACUGGGACACUCAGGUCUGUCUUUUUGUCCUGUUCUUGGUCAUGUACCUGGCGACAGUGCUGGGGAACUUCCUCAUUGUCCUUCUGAUCAGACUGGACAGCCGACUCCACACUCCCAUGUAUUUCUUCCUCAGCAACCUCGCACUUGUUGAUGUGUCUUAUGCCACAAGCAUCGUCCCUCAGAUGCUGGUGUAUCUUCUUGCAGAACAUAAAGCUGUCUCCUUUGUGAACUGUGCAGCCCAAUUAUUCUUCUCCCUGGGCUUGGGUGGGAUUGAGUUUGUUCUACUGGCAAUGAUGGCCUAUGACCGCUAUGUGGCUGUGUGUGACCCCCUGAGGUACUCGGUCAUGAUGCACGGAGGACUCUGUGCCAGGUUGGUCACCGUGUCCUUGGUCAGUGGGUCUGUCAACGCCCUCAUGCAGACCGCUAUCACCUUUCAGCUGCCCAUGUGCAUGAACAAGUAUAUUGAUCACAUAUCCUGUGAACUCCUAGCUGUGGUCAGGCUGGCCUGUGUGGACACCUCCUCCAAUGAGGUUGCAAUCAUGGUUUCUAGCAUCAUCCUGCUGAUGACACCCUUCUGCCUGGUUCUCUUGUCCUACAUCCAGAUCAUCUCCACCAUCCUAAAGAUCCAGUCCACAGAGGGGAGGAGGAAAGCCUUCCACACCUGUGCCUCCCACCUCACAGUGGUUGCCCUGUGCUAUGGCAUGGCCAUUUUCACUUACACCCAGCCCCGCUCCAGCCCUGCUGUCCUUCAGGAGACAUUGAUCUCUCUCUUCUAUGCUAUUUUGACACCCAUGCUGAACCCCAUGAUUUAUAGUCUAAGGAGCAAGGAGAUGAAGGGGGCCUGGAAGAAACUUUUAGGGGAAUUAUCUGGAUUAAUGUCAAAACUGGCAACCUGGUGGAUCCCGAGCAUCAUUUGGAGAAAAGAGCUUUGCCUGUGUGUUCUCCCACUCAACUCUGAUGAGACAGGCAUCAGCUGCAUUGCCCCGGCAACCAGGAGCGGAAUGAGAAAAUGUGUGCUGGUGACGCAGGGCAGGAGGCUGAGUGGUUGGGUCGGAGUGUGGGAAGUAGGUGCAUUUGUAUGUUUCAGGAGCUGUGCGGUGGGGUUGUACACUGUUGUAAUCGAACUGCCCAGCUGA